AUAUAAAAUUCGAGAAUCAGUUUGUGGCAAAAACUGGUCCAUGUGAGAUCAUAGUUUUUAACUUCAAACAUUAGUCAAGAUUAUUCAUGAUUAAAUAACAAAAUACAGAUUUACAUAUUUGCAUAAAAUGAUCAUUUGAGGUCAAAAAUAACCUCUGUAUCAAGUGAUAAUUGAUUAACUCGGAAUUUCCAAUUAAGUCAUUCACUAAUCAGACUUAUCUAGAAGCAAUAUGAUACAGACUAGCAUUAUCUACAAUUUAAAUACGAACGUUUGAAGCUAGAAAUCGUUAGUGUGAUGCCAUAAUCAAUUAACUCUUACUUAUGAUCAAAUAGCAAUGAAGGUUAUUCGUAAAGAAGUAACAAGCUGAAGAUUACCAUUUCUAUGUAAAAUUUGAAUCUAACUGUUUAUACGCUACAAAUAAGCGUGAGGCCAUUUUUAUUACCUUACAAGAUGUAUUGGUGCAACUUAAAAAUUUCUGCAACCUUGAUAAUGAUCAACGUUUUUUUAUACAAUCUGAAUAUACCUUUUGAGGUUGCAAAUAAUAGAUAACUUGCAUGAGGUCAAUAUUCCGUAGUAGUACUCUGUCGUCCUCUACUCAGAAUUUUCUUUAAUUCCUUUUUCUUUCAAUUAAAUUAAAUGUAUGAUGCUAGACAACGAUGACCUUCACAAGAUAAAGAAUAAAGAUUUUAUCUAAAGUUAGGAUAUGACAGCUUGAGGUCAUAAAUAAUCAACAUGAGGCCAUAAAUAACCAACAUGAGACCAUAUUAUUCCACAAAGUUCAUUUUUGUAAUACUAAAGGUAAUUAGAAUUUUCUUUCAGUUACUCGAUCAAAUGAUGCCAGAGUACGGCGACCUUCACAAGAUACAAAUUAACGAUUCUACUGAAAAUUACGAUAUGUUCACUUUAGGCCAUAAAUAACCAACAUGAGGCUAUACUGUUGUACCAAUUAAUUUGUAUAAUACCAAAGCUGGUUAGAAUUUUCCUUCAGUUAUUAGAAUAAAUUAAAUUCCUAAUACCUGACAACAAUGACCUUCACAAGGUAGAAUGUAACGGUUUUAUCUAAAAUUAGGAUACAAUAUUUUGAGACCAUAAGUACCCAACAUGAGGCCAUGCUAUUUUACACAAUUAAUUUGCAUAGCGCCGAUUAGAAUCUUUUAGUUAUUAGAAUAAAUUAAAUUCAUGAUGCCAGGCAACAAUGACCUUCACAAGAUAGAAAGUAAUGGUUUUAUCUAAAAUUAGGAUAUGAUAUGAAGCCAUAAAUACCCAACAUGAGGCCACACUAUUUUACAAAAUUAAACUGUAAAAUAUUAAAGCUAGAAUUUUCUUCCAGUUGAACUCAAUUUUUGAUGCCGGACAACAGUGUUCCUCAUAAGAUUAACGAUUAUAUCCAAAGUUUUAAUAUGACUGGAGACAACAACCUACAUGAGGCCAAACCAUCUCACCAAAUUAAGAUAACAUUAAGGUUACGUAGAAUUAAUUCGUUAUUUUAUGAAACUAAAGUAUGAUGCCGGUUCCCGAUGGCCGCCCACAAGGUUCCCGUUAAUUUUAACCGAACAUAACGAGGUAAAACUUGAAAUUUAUGCUUUUAUCCUCGUGCCGAAGAAAUCUUGAACGUGCACGCAAGGUUCUGGUAAAACUAAAAUAAUUAUAAAUCAGAGUUGUUAAAUCAAUUUGUGACUAAGGUCACAAGCAAAGAAGAGUCUAGAUGAGUCCUUGUAACACAGGGUGGGAUGAGUCUCUGUCAUGGUGGGGACUAUUUCUAUAUAAUCGUCAGCGAGGUGCCCGUCUCUCCAUAAUCCUAUCAGUGACCACGUUUCUUUAAACGACAACCUCUUCGUUCACCUCCAGUGUUUAUUAAGAGAAAGGCGAGAGAAGCGUGUGAGACAAGAUGAUUUUGGUGCCUCUGGCCGUGGUGUUUUUCACGGCGCUCGUGAAUGCUCAACCGGCAAUAAAUGAAAUUCGGCCGCAAUCUAAUCGACCAGGAAGAUUUCUUUCUCUUCCCAUACCGCAGAAGUGUGCGAACCGACCAAAGGAAUUCAACUAUAGAGGUCACAACUAUUUCUACAGUGGACAUGUUCCAGCUCAUGCUAAUCAGAGGGUGGAUUGGUUAGACGCAAGGAACAUCUGCAGAGAAUAUUGCAUGGAUCUUAUAUCAAUGGAGACCCAAGAUGAGAACAACUUAAUCUACAGACUUAUUCAACAAAAUGAUGUUCCCUACAUUUGGACAUCCGGACGUCUCUGUGACUUCAAAGGCUGUGAGAAUCGCCGUGACCUCGAACCCAAAGCCAUUUACGGCUGGUUCUGGUCCGCAAACAGGAAGAAGAUGGCGCCAACCCACCAGGUACCCGAAGGUUGGAGCUUCAAUCCAUGGUCUCAAACCGGACACAAGAAAGUCAGACAACCGGACAAUGCUGAAUUCGACAUAAACGGCACCAACGAGUCCUGCAUGUCUGUUUUGAACAACGUGUACAAGGAUGGAAUUAGCUGGCACGACGUAGCCUGCUACCAUCAGAAACCUUUCGUCUGCGAAGAUUCUGAAGAACUUUUGAGCUACGUGGCCAAUACCAAUCCUGGCUUACGUCUGUGAAGACAUCAUAGAUAAAUCUCUGCGUCAUCGGCACUUGUCCUAUCUAUUUCUGUUGCAGUUUAGACGAGACGCGAGUCAAACAAGCAAAAAUAAGCUGAUCUAAAUUUGUUCCUAUUAAGUGCAGAUACGAGAAUAAAAUGAUGUUUUUAUAAUGUUUAGUCAAAAUAAUUAAGUCGAUAAAAAAUUUGUAUGUUAUGAGAUAUUUGUAACAAAACUAUCGAUUAAUCAGUAUUAUUGGAACGUGUCUCGUCGGCUGCGCUCUACCUGCACUCAUUCCUCACAAAAAGAACAUAACAAUAUUUUCAACGUCGUGUUUAAUUCGCAGUUAAAUCCAGUAAUCAACGAUGUAAUCAUAUUUAUUAGUAGACGUUUGGAAAAUAGAUUCUGUACAUUUUUUAAUAAACUUUAACUUUAG